AUGGGUCUUACGAUCACUGUUUUCUCUGCUAUCUUUCUUGCAACAGGAGGAUUCCUUUUCGGAUAUGAUUCAGGAAUCAUCACUUCGACCAUCGCGCUUCCGACGUUCAAGGAGUACUUCAAUGACCCCUCCGACACAAUUGUUGGCGGGAUAGUCAGCGCAUUCCAAGGAGGCGCAAUCGCCGGCACGAUCUUCAACAUGCUUUUCGCUGACAUGCUGGGCCGACGAUGGACCAUCAUGGUCGGGUCAUUGGUAUCACUUCUGGGAAGCUCCCUGCAAGCCGGUGCUACCAACAUGGCAAUGUUGAUUGUAGGGAGGUUCAUUGGAGGAAUUGCGGUCGGCCAAUUAACAUCCACAAUUCCCAUGUACGCUGGUGAGCUUUCAGAAGCCAAGCAUCGUGGUAUCUUAUCGGGUCUGUUGCAAUGGAUGCUGGGUUGGGGCUUCUUCGUUGCUCAGUGGCUGGGCUAUGGAUGCUCCUUCAACAGUACCGAAUUUUCAUGGCGCUUCCCUCUUGCAUUCCAGAAUAUCCCAUCCCUGAUCCUGAUAACCGGUAUAUUUUUCCUCCAGGAAUCGCCUCGCUGGCUCACAGAGAAGGACCGACAUGAAGAGGCCAUGGCGUCUUUGAGGAAGCUACGCGCAGGCACCGACGACGAAAUGAUCGAACUCGAGUUUCGUGAGAUUCGGGAUGUGAUCUUUGCCGAUCGCGCGUUGGGAGACAUUGGAUGGACCUCCAUUCUCACGAAGCCAACAUGGCGCAAGCGACUGCUGCUUGGCUGUGGAGUACAGGCUUUUGGGCCACUUUCAGGCAUCAACGUAAUUAAUUACUAUGGCCCAAGGCUGUAUGAAAUCCUGGGCAUAUCAACGCGCGAGUCUCUUCUCAUCAUCGGAAUCCAAGGAGGUCUUGCCAUUGUGUGGUGCACCAUCGCCCUAGCACUACUCGAUCGCGUUGGGCGGGUCAAGCCGCUCAUCGUCUCUGCGGGUGGUUUGGGCGCCGCCUUGCUAGUCAAUGCAGUGCAAGCACAGUACUUGAAUACGAAUAAUGCUGCUCAGCUACGCAGUAUGGUCGCGAUGAACUUUGUUUUCUCAUUUUUCUACACGCCGUUAGGCAUAAUCAGUUGGGUAUACCCAGCUGAAAUCUUUCCGGUCGAGUGUCGCGCGCUCGGGAAUGCGAUUACCACUUUCACGAACUGGACGGUCAAUCUGAUAUUCGCACAAUUUUCUCCACAGGCACUAAGCUCGUUAGAGUUCAGGUACUUUUACGUCUUCUUCGUCUUCAACAUCGUGGCUAUGCUUUGCUACUGGUUCUUCUACCCAGAAACGAAGGGCCGCAGCCUAGAGCAGAUGGACCAGGUCUUCGGAGACCAGCUGAUACCGCACGCUCUGCAAGACCCAGAUGCGGCGGCAGCGGCGAUCCAGAAAGACGAAAAGCUUCAUACCGAAGUCCACAAAUCAAAGUCAGUGGCUUAA